UACGUCACAGACGUGUAGAUGCAUUUGGUACUUGUGAACCGUGGUGGGUAAUGUUUAGUGUGAGUUGUAUGUGGUGAUCGGUCCCAACAUCACUAAAAAUGUCCGAUUCAGAAGGAAGCAAUUUUUCGGACAAUGAAAGCGAACGGGGAAGUAAUCAACAGAGUGAUAGUGAUGUUGAGGAGGUGAGAUCCGAUUUGGCAUCUGGAGAUGAGGACCGGCAGUCUAGAUCUCCAUCAAGGUCCAGUGCAAGAUCUCGUUCUGUGUCCAGAUCAAGAUCUCCAUCUCGGUCACGUUCGCGUUCACCGUCCCAAUCCCGUUCGAGGUCCAGGUCGCAGUCCCGAUCUAGAUCUAGAUCAAGGUCCAAAUCACAGUCUGAAGAGGAUGAUGAACGCAGAUCUGAUGAUCAGCGAGAUGAUGAAGCAGAAGAAGCAAGACCUGGUGAAGAGGAGGAUGAAGAAGUGGAGGAUGAACAGGAACCGGAAGGAGAAGACUUGAAUUCAGAGGAUGAGGAUGAAUAUGAUGAAGAGGAGGAGGAGGAGGAAGACGACCGUCCACGUAAAAAGAAAAAGAAGGACCGUUUUGGUGGAGGGUUUAUCAUAGAUGAAGCCGAAGUGGACGACGAAGUCGAGGAUGAAGACGAGUGGGAGGAAGGUGCCCAGGAAAUCGGAAUAAUCGGGAAUGAGUUUGACGAACACGGGCCAACUGCAAGGGAAAUUGAAGGGCGCCGACGUGGGACCAGUCUCUGGGACUCUCAAAAAGAAGAUGAGAUUGAAGAGUACCUUAGAAAGAAAUAUGCUGAUGAAUCUAUUCCAAUACGGCACUUUGGUGAUGGAGGAGAAGAGAUGUCCGAUGAGAUUACCCAGCAGACCCUGCUCCCUGGAGUGAAAGAUCCAAAUUUAUGGAUGGUGAAGUGCCGCAUCGGAGAGGAAAAAUCAACUGUCAUGCAUAUGAUGAGAAAAUACAUUGCAUACCAAUUCAGCAGCGAACCAUUGCAGAUCAAGUCUGUGAUUGCUCCAGAGGGCGUGAAAGGAUAUAUUUACAUCGAAGCAUACAAACAGCCCCAUGUGAAACAAGCAAUUUCGAAUGUCAGUAAUUUGAGGAUGGGACAAUGGACUCAGCAGAUGGUGCCUGUGAAGGAAAUGACAGAUGUACUUCGUGUAGUGAAAGAACAAACUGGUCUGAAAGUGAAGCAGUGGGUUCGUCUCAAACGGGGCCUGUACAGGGAUGAUAUAGCCCAAGUAGACUAUGUGGAUCUUGCCCAGAACCAGGUCCACUUGAAGCUGCUGCCACGCAUCGAUUACACCCGUUUUAGAGGAGCGUUGCGUAGCACUCAGACUGAGAAUGACUCUGCCAAAAGGAAGAAGAAACGUCGCCCGCCUGCUAAACCUUUUGAUCCCGAGGCCAUCAGAAGUAUUGGUGGAGAUGUAGCUUCAGAUGGAGACUUCCUUAUAUUUGAGGGCAACCGUUACUCAAGAAAGGGCUUCUUAUACAAAAACUUCACCAUGAGCGCGAUCAUAGCAGAUGGAGUGAAGCCUACUUUGUCAGAGUUGGAACGGUUUGAAGAGGCUCCAGAAGGCAUUGAUAUCGAGUUACCGAGUACUGGUGCCGGAGGGAAAGAUGACAUCACAUCCCAUAACUUCUCGGCCGGUGACAAUGUAGAAGUGUGUGAAGGUGAAUUGGUGAACCUUCAUGGAAAGAUAUUGGCCAUUGAUGGCAACGUCAUCACCGUCAUGCCGAGACACGAAGACCUUAAUGAGCCACUAGAAUUCCAAGCCAAUGAGCUGAAGAAGUAUUUUAGACACGGUGAUCACGUGAAAGUACUAGGAGGUCGAUAUGAGGGAGACACAGGUCUGAUCGUUCGAGUAGAAGAAAAUCGUGUCGUGUUGUUUUCUGACUUGACUAUGCAUGAGUUGGAAGUACUUCCAAAGGAUGUUCAACUCUGUUCUGAUAUGGCUACUGGUGUUGAUUCUCAGGGGCAGUUCCAGUGGGGUGAUUGUGUUCAGAUAGAUCCCCAAACUGUGGGUGUGAUCGUUAGACUGGAACGAGAGAACUUUCAUGUUCUUAAUAUGCAAGGCAAAGUGGUAGAGGCGAGACCUCAGGCUCUUCAGAAAAGAAAGGAUUCGAGAUAUGCUGUAGCCUUAGACUCUGAGCAGAAUACCAUACAGAAGAAAGACAUUGUUAAAGUCAUUGAUGGACCUCAUGCGGGUCGUAGUGGAGAGAUCAAACAUUUAUACCGUAAUUUUAAAAACUCUAGAAUGUAUCUCGACAAUGGUGGGAUAUUUGUAUGCAAGACGAAGCAUCUUCAAUUGGCUGGAGGUGCUAAGGUUACCAUGUCACCUGGUGGGGGUGGUUUUGGGGGAUUUAUGUCACCCCGUAUUACUUCUCCCCUGCAUCCCUCGGGAGCAGGGCACGGUGGUGGGGGAGGAGGACGAGGGCGUGGUCGUGGUGGCGCAGGUGUGAGACGAGACAGAGAAUUGAUUGGUCAGACUAUCAAAAUCACUGGUGGUCCUUACAAAGGAAAUGUAGGUAUUGUGAAAGAUGCAACUGAGUCGACAGCUCGAGUUGAAUUACAUUCUACUUGUCAGACGAUAUCUGUGGAUCGAUCUCACAUUGCAAGUGUUGGGGUACCUACAAAGGAGGGAUCCUUUAGCUCAUAUAGUCGCACGCCAGCAUAUGGUGGUGGGAGUCAGACACCUAUGUACAGGGAAGGAAGCAAGACACCGAUGCAUGGUUCACAGACUCCCAUGUAUGAUGCUGGAUCACGAACUCCACAUUAUGGGAGCAUGACGCCAUCACACGACGGCUCACGUACGCCUGGGCAGUCAGGAGCCUGGGAUCCAAGUAUUACCAACACACCUGCAAGGAACAACGAUUUUGAUGGAUAUUCUUUGGAUGAUGCAUCACCCUCACCUAACUAUAAUCCUAGCACUCCAGGUUACCAGGCAGGAGGACCGUACACGCCGCAGACACCGGGUACAAUGUAUGGAUCUGACCAGUCUUUUUCGCCUUAUCAGCCAUCACCAUCUCCCACUGUGUACAAUGGAACGCCAACUGGAUAUGUUGCAACACCCAGUCCAUCUGGAUACACACCAUCUCCGACGAGCGCUGCCCCAUACGGUACGCCAUCCCCUCUUGGCUACAGCCCUAUGACGCCUGGAGCAGCUCCAUCUCCAUAUAACCCUCACAUUCCUGGUUCGGGGCAUGACCAGCAGGCAACAUUACAGCAAGAGUGGCAAACAACUGACAUAGAAGUGCGCAUCAGGGACACACAUGACGAUGCUGGAUUAAGUGGACAGACGGGAGUAAUCAGAGGAAUCUCUGGUGGAAUGUGCUCAGUGUUCUUGCCAGAUGAAGAUCGAGUAGUGAACAUUGUUUCUGAACAUUUGGAGCCAAUUGUACCACAGCGUUCUGAUCAAGUGAAAGUAAUAUUAGGAGAAGAGCGGGAGGCUGUGGGGCAGCUCCUGUCCAUUGAUAACCAGGACGGAGUUGUGAAACUUACGUCAGGCGAAGUGAAGAUGCUCCAGUUGCGGUUCCUGUGUCGAAUGAAGAAACUGUGAUGAAACCACCUGACAUGUUCAAUAUCUGUAAAUUGCGUAUCUUACAUAUAUGUGAACAAUAAAGUCAUAUUCAUAAUA